CCCCUGAAUUUUUAAGGGGCGUGGUUAUAUUGACUCGACGGUCUAUUUUCCCUCGCCUGUUGUUGACCUACAUCUCGAACAAACCUUAGCAAGUUAGUGUACGCAAACAUGUCUUGUAAACUCGUUAGCACGUCGUUAACCCGCACAUUAUGGACCGCAGGAAACAGAACCCCUCCUCUUGCAAGGUCGCCAAAACUCAACAGCAUAUUUAUCACGCACGGAGUGUGCACUGGGCAAAACCCGCAGGGCCACGACGGCACAAAAGAAGAACCUAGUUGCUUCAGCGGGCCGAGUGGCGACGUGCCACAGUGCAGGCAGCCGCUUGUGAGAGCCACCACCACUGCGGCCAGACAGCUGCCAGAGGAGCCCGCUGGCGUUCCCGGUAUGACCGCCGUGAGAAGACGGUCAUACACUUCCAACGCUGCUCCACUGGAUCAAAAGUCUUACCUGUGGGCUCGUUAUAAUGAGCUGAGACGUAUGGUUCACGAUCUCAUUCCGCCAGGCGCAUGCAAGUCCCUCAACUCGUCCACCAUCUACGCCAACAACGAGGUCAGCUUGGCCGAAGUGGACAUCUACGGCUUUGACUACGACUACACGCUGGCUCUGUAUUCUAAUGCUCUUAACACAAUGAUUUACAACACAGCCAGGGACUUCCUGGUUGAACACUUCAAGUACCCCGAGGGUAUCCUCAGUUAUGACUACAUUCCUAACUUUGCAGCACGGGGGCUUCACUAUGACAUUCAAAAGGGUCUCCUGAUGAAGAUUGACGCUUUCCAUUACAUUCAAACAGGAACAGUAUAUCGGGGUCUGAAGCCAAUACCAGACGAGGAGGUCCUCAAUCUCUAUGGGGGGAGUUACCAUAUCCCGCUGCAGCAGGAUAGUGGCUUCUAUGGAAAGGGCCCUAAGGUGAAACAGUUCAUGGACAUCUUCUCUAUCCCGGAGAUGACACUUUUGGCUGUGGCAAAUGACUUCUUCAUCACCAACGACAUUGAUUAUGAUCCAGUUCAUCUUUCCAAAGAUGUCUCUGAAGCGAUCGGCAUGGUCCACAUCAAAGGCUUCAUGUACAAAUGGAUCAUGCAAGACCUUGACAAGUACAUCCUUAGAGGAGAGGAGACUGAGGCAGUUUUGCACCAACUCGUCAGUCAUGGAAAGAAACUCUUCCUCAUCACCAACAGUCCCUUCAGCUUUGUGGAUAAAGGAAUGACGCACAUGGUAGGAAACAAGUGGAGGGACUUCUUUGACGUCAUCAUUGUGCAAGCAGACAAACCCCACUUCUUCACAGACUGUAUCAAACCCUUCAGACGCCUUGAUGGGAACGGAGACCUUCGGUGGGAGAAAAUCAGCAGUUUGGACAAAGGUCACAUCUACAAACAGGGAAACCUGUUUGACUUUCUCAGGUUGACCGGCUGGCGAGGGUCAAAGGUUCUUUACUUCGGAGACCAUCUCUACAGUGACUUGGCUGACCUGAUGCUGCGACAUGGCUGGCGUACAGCCGCCAUCGUACCGGAACUGGAACAUGAAACCAAAGUUGUAAGCACAGAGCGGUAUGCCCUCAGCCUCACGUGGCUGCAGGCCCUCACCGGCCUGAUGGAGCGGUUGCAGAUACACCGUGAUGCAGAGUCAAAACGUGUUUUUGAGGAAUGGCAGAAGGAGCGAGAGGAACUCCGGGUGAUGACAAAGAACUUGUUCAACCCUCAGUUUGGCAGCAUCUUCAGAACGUGCCACAACCCCACGUACUUCUCCAGACGCCUGUCUCGCUUCUCAGAUGUCUACAUGGCCUCCAUCAGCUGCCUUCUGAACUACGACCUCUCGCACACCUUUUACCCACGGCGCACUCCUCUGCAGCACGAGGCGCCGCUGUGGAUGGAUCAGCUCUGCACCGGCUGUCUGAAAACACCUUUUCUGGAGGAGAUGUCCCACAUACGAUGAGUUCCGCAGCACAGAUGAGUUUGGUUCAUGCUUGAUUGCCGUACGUGAAGCAAGGUGGUACAAAACUGCGCAUAGUAACCAGUAUAGCGAACAAAAUACACAAAGCAGCCUGCAGAAAGCAUACUGUUUGGGUUGAUAUUUUAAUUUUUUUUUUAAACAUAAAUACGCACAAUUAGCUGAAUUGCAUCCAGCACAUGUGCAGACAUUGCAUGUGCAAUUCACUUUUUCAACUGAAGCAGCCUCGAUAUACUCUGACUAGUACAGGGGUCUCAAACUCACAGGGGCCUGGGUGAGACUGGGCCGCAUCAGGUUUUCCAAAAAAAAAAAACGCAUUUAUUAAAAACGAAAAAAUUAAAAAAACUUCACUUUGGUUCCAAUUUUCUACAAGAAAAGCUCUGAUAACACAUUCCGCUGUUCUCAAAUAUCUUAAUUUUUAUUUUUCUGCACAAAAUAAAAUGAAAAAUAAAUAAAAAAAUCAAGAAUAAAGAAAAUCAAUUAGUAAUAAAUAAAUAAAUAUAAUAAUAAUAAAAUGGCAAAUAAUAAAAACUUAAGAAACCACAUAUAGUUGGUGGGUAGACAAAUGAUUUUUUUCAGAUUAAAAUGAACAAAGCAUUAUUAGAGCCCUGUAGACAUGACAAAACACGACUAUAGUCACAUUUAUACUCUUUUUAUUUACAACAUAUUGCGCAACUGCAGGGUCUUGAGACACAUGCUAACUCGCAAACUAGAGAGCUAGCGACCUAAACGGUAGCCUUCAAGUUAUUUCCUUUUAAACUUAAAUCGCCAAAAACGUACCACUUCCACACGGAUAGGGAGGAUAACUAUUAACAGUUAUUUAACCUUUAACAUGAACAUGAAUCAAACGUAAUAAUUUUUUUCUGGGUACAUGAUACCAUACAGCAUCCACAUCAAACUUUCAAAUCAAGGCGGGGACCUCAAAAUAGUGUCCUGCGGACCACAUUUGGCCCGCGGGCCGCAUGUUUGAGACCUUUGGACUAGUACAUGAAGGAACGCACACGGGGGAAGUAGCUUUUAGCUUCAUUUAUUGAUCAGAAAUGUCAACAGUCAUGCAAGUGUAUUUGUGUUCACUGGUAGCUAGUAACUAGAUUUACAAUAAGCAUUUACUAUAUUUACUAUAAGCACCUUUUGGAUGUCAACUGCAAGGAGUAAGUGUUACAUAUAAUGCAUUAAUGCAUUGGAUGAGAGUGUUAAGUAAGGUAGAGUUUGCUUUAAGGCCACAAUCAUGCACUCUGACGUCCAUUGCUAUGUAUGGCUUUACCAACGCAAUAUUUGUCUUAAAUGUGAGUACCAAAUGUUGUCAGUGGCGUUGUAGCUCAUCUCAUGAAUGUAUGUUUCAAUAAAACGGCCUACAUAUCA